UUCAUUUACACAUAGUGGAUAUCCUCGGGGCGCUGAUGAUCAAACCUCGAGUUGUUCGAACCAACCAGGUCAUUCUCGUGACGAUGACAAUAAUGAUGACCAAACCAACACGCACAAUGGUUACUCAGGCGACGAAGACAAAGAGGUCAAUGAGAAGCAAAUUAAGCACCCGUGUUUCCAAGAACUCAAUAUCUGGGUUCAAGUUAUGAAUGUGCCUUUGAACUGGCUCAGCACAGAUGUCGGCAUCAAAAUUGGUACAGUUUUUAAAGAAGUUGAUAAUGCGGUUAUAACCAACUAUGGGAAUCACGGAGGUAAAUUUCUUCGCCUAUUGGUAACUCCUGACCUAAUGGAACCAGUUCCCAGAUGCACCAACGUUAGACUUGGUGAAGAAGUGGUAACUAUCAGCUUCAGAUAUGAAAAACUAAGAAAUCUGUGCCAUUACUGUGGACACAUUGGCCACCUGGAGAAAGGAUGUUUCAAAAAGGUUGAUGACAUCAAAGCUCGAUGUCUUAAAGAGGGCCAAUAUGGAGAUUGGCUGAGGGCUCCAGAAGGACAAUACUGGGCUAGCAACAACAAUUUCACUACAGGCUCAAGAAGCCCACCUCGGAGUCCAAGUAACUCUCAACACCCUUCUUCUCCAACUCACACCGAGAAUCAAGAUCACAUGGGUAAUCAAGCUUCUCAUGAACAACAGCUUAUUGUUCACUCAGCUGAAUCCAACCCUGCUCUUAAAUCUUCAACUCAUGGUUCUUCGAGCAGCUCCCAUACUGCACUCUGCAAGCCAUUAGAGUUGUCCAAAGCUCCUAUUAUUCAAGAGGACCUUCAAAACCAAUGGAUGUUGAAACAAGAAUCCUUCUUUUAUCAAUCGUCAGUCUUCCCAAGGCUACUACUACAGGCAAAGGCAAGCUUACAACUUGGAAAAGGAUCGGAGACAAAGAAGGCAGACUUCAAAGACAGGAUGAGUCUCAUUCUCAAUUACAACCCACAAUCA